CCCCCGCCGCCGUCCCCGCCCGCCCGCCCGCCCGCGGGCCGCCCCGGGCAGGGCCUGCAGCUUGCGGCCCGCGAGCCGCGGACCCGGCAUGGGCGGGCGGCGGGCCGCGGAGGGCGGCUGAGCGCAGCGCGGGCUCCGCACCGGGGGGAGGGGGGGCCUCCCGGGGGCCGCGCGUGCCCUUCCCGACCGCAGCCCGGCGCGGCGGAGACCCAGCCCGCUGCCCGCGGAGAUCCCGCCCCGGCCACUUGGGCUGUCCGUCCGUCCGGCUCCCCGCGAUGCGCUGAGGACGCCCAGGGCCCAGCGCCCGGCUCCGCGUCCGCACCCAGCGCCGACCCCAUGGCCCCCGCGGGCACCGGGCCGAGCCUGCGGGCGUCGCUCCCGCCGCUGAUGCCGCUGCUGCUGCUGCUCCUGCAGGUGGCGGGGCCGCCGGGCACCCUGGCCGAGACCCUGCUGGACGCGCCCAGGGCCGGGGGCACCAGCUCCCACCCCCCGAGCCCCGCCAGCGUGGUGGCCCCGGGAACCACGCCGUUCGAGGAAAGUCGGCUGCCCGUGUUCACCCUGGACUACCCCCACGUGCAAAUCCCCUUCGAGAUCACGCUGUGGAUCCUGCUGGCCUCGCUGGCCAAGAUCGGCUUUCAUCUCUACCACAAGUUGCCCACAAUCGUGCCUGAAAGCUGCCUUCUGAUCAUGGUUGGACUCCUACUGGGUGGGAUUAUUUUUGGUGUCGAUGAGAAAUCUCCCCCCGCGAUGAAGACUGAUGUGUUUUUCUUAUAUCUUUUGCCACCCAUCGUGCUGGACGCUGGCUACUUCAUGCCCACUCGCCCCUUCUUUGAGAACAUUGGCACUAUUUUCUGGUAUGCAGUGGUUGGGACCCUUUGGAAUUCCAUUGGCAUUGGGGUGUCUUUGUUCGCCAUCUGCCAGAUUGAAGCGUUUGGCCUCAGUGACAUCACUCUGCUCCAGAACCUACUUUUUGGCAGCCUGAUCUCAGCCGUGGAUCCCGUGGCUGUCCUGGCUGUCUUUGAGAACAUUCACGUCAACGAGCAGCUCUACAUCCUGGUCUUUGGCGAGUCUCUGCUGAAUGACGCGGUCACAGUGGUCUUGUACAACCUUUUCAAGUCAUUUUGCCAGAUGAAAACCAUCGAGACCAUUGACGUGUUCGCAGGAAUCGCUAACUUCUUUGUGGUGGGAAUUGGUGGGGUGCUGAUUGGCAUCUUCCUGGGAUUUAUAGCAGCAUUUACCACUCGCUUCACCCAUAAUAUCAGAGUCAUCGAGCCGCUUUUUGUCUUCCUGUACAGCUAUUUAUCCUACAUAACGGCUGAGAUGUUUCACCUGUCAGGCAUCAUGGCAAUCACAGCUUGUGCCAUGACUAUGAAUAAGUAUGUGGAAGAAAAUGUAUCUCAGAAGUCCUACACGACCAUCAAGUACUUCAUGAAGAUGCUGAGCAGUGUCAGCGAGACCCUGAUUUUCAUCUUCAUGGGGGUGUCCACUGUUGGGAAGAACCAUGAGUGGAACUGGGCCUUCGUCUGUUUCACACUGGCUUUCUGUCUAAUCUGGAGAGCACUGGGUGUCUUUGUCCUGACUCAGGUUAUUAACUGGUUCCGGACCAUCCCCCUGACCUUCAAGGACCAGUUCAUCAUUGCCUAUGGAGGACUCCGGGGUGCCAUCUGUUUCUCCCUUGUGUUUCUCCUUCCGGCCACUGUGUUUCCUCGGAAGAAGCUGUUCAUUACGGCUGCCAUUGUUGUCAUAUUCUUCACUGUCUUCAUCCUGGGAAUAACCAUCCGACCACUGGUAGAGUUUCUUGAUGUUAAGAGAUCCAAUAAGAAGCAGCAAGCUGUCAGUGAAGAAAUCCACUGCCGGUUUUUUGAUCAUGUGAAGACUGGGAUUGAAGAUGUUUGUGGACAUUGGGGUCACAACUUUUGGAGAGACAAGUUUAAGAAAUUUGAUGACAAAUAUCUUCGGAAGCUUUUGAUUCGGGAAAACCAACCUAAGUCAAGCAUUGUGUCCUUGUAUAAGAAGCUUGAAAUCAAGCACGCCAUUGAGAUGGCAGAGACGGGCAUGAUAAGUACUGUCCCUUCCUUUGCAUCUCUAAACGAUUGCCGGGAAGAAAAAAUAAGGAAGCUCACACCUGGUGAAAUGGAUGAAAUUCGAGAGAUUUUAUCAAGGAAUCUAUAUCAAAUCCGCCAGCGUACUUUGUCAUACAACAGACACAAUCUGACCACGGACACAAGUGAGCGGCAAGCCAAGGAGAUUCUCAUCCGACGUCGGCACAGCUUGCGAGAAAGCAUUAGGAAAGAGAACAGCUUGAAUCGCGAUCGCAGGGCUUCUACUUCAACCUCCCGAUAUUUAUCUUUACCUAAAAACACAAAGCUUCCAGAAAAGCUACAGAAGAAAAAGAUUAUUUCCAAUGCAGAUGGAAACAGCAGUGACUCAGACCCAGACUCCGGGACCACUGUGCUCAAUUUACAACCUCGGGGCAGGCGCUUCCUGCCAGAACAGUUCUCCAAGAAAGCUCCCCAGCCCUAUAAAAUGGAAUGGAAGAACGAGGUGGACGUGGAUGCUGACCGAGGGCAGCCCAGCGUGCCCCCGGCACCCCCCAACAAGGAAGGGGGGUCCCAGACGCGGGGGGUCCUGCGGGAACCCCUCCUCUCCAAAGACCGCUUUGGCCGGGGCAGGGAAGACAGUUUGACUGAAGACGUCCCACCCAAGCCCCCACCCAGGCUGGUGCGGAGGGCCUCGGAGCCUGGAAACCGGAAAGGCCGAUUUGGGGGUGAGAAGCCUUGAUGGAAAAGGCCAACGCAGAUGUGGGGUUCCUGACACAGCGCCAUCGGGCUUGGGCACAUUAGAACCGGAUGCCAUCAUGAACUCCGCUUAAAACCCGGUCUACAUACUUUCAUGGGGUGGGGUGGGGGGGAGUAAAGCCAAGCCAUUGAAUCAGGGGGCGAAUGAGUAUCCCGCGAAGAGGAACACACAAAGGAAAUCCUACAGAAAUGUCUUACGUUCUCUCUUUCCUAGAAAUUGUAUUCUUUGCAGGCUUGAAGAAAAAAAAAUAAUAAGCGUGCCUUUAAUGAACUUGAAUGACAGAACUUGAAAUUUUUAAACACAACUUUGUUGGUGAAAAUUUUAAUAUAUUACCUUGAUGCCUCAAAUUUUAUUUAUGGAAAAAAAAUGUGUAUCUCUGUACUGUUCAGUUUUUUUUUUUUCAAAUGGAUAGGAUUAAGAGUACUGAGAACAUCUUUGGAAGGGGUAAAGGUCAAGUGAUACAAUGUAGCUCCUAAGCUAUGGGUUGGGUUCUUUAUCCUGGGCUAGGUGACCAGUUGGUAAAGGAUAAAACAGAGCCUCAAAUAGAGUGAUCCUCUCAUGCAUAGGAACCCAGUUAGAACCGCCACAAGCAGAGACACAGGACUGAUCCCAGAACACAGAGUAGAGGUGCCUUUAUGAAAUAACAGGUGAAUUAUUUGGUCCUUAAACCCCAUUGCCUCUUCUUUGUAGAUAAUGCAGACAAAAUGGCUGUCCACCUGUCCAGUGAUUCACGGAUUGGGUGGCAGCUUCUUCAAAUCCCACCCACGAGAAUCUGUGGCCAAUGAGGAGAGAGGCCAGCACCUGCUUCCACUUGUUGGGAAUUUUAUACUGUGCAAUACUGAGAGAAAGGUGCAGGCCAUGCCCAUCUAUGACCACCUGCUUUAAUAGAACUCUUGUGCUGUAAGACUUUCUAGAACAUUUUGUCCAAGGUGGAAGUUCCCAAAGCAAACCACAAGAGUUUAUUUAAACAGUAUUAAACAAAAAGUUGGUGAGAUUUCAGCUUUUGACUUUUGCUCAGGAAGCACUUUGGAGAAUGUGGGUGUCCUGUAUUUUGCACGAAUCAGUAAUUGGUUGCCUCUUGACUUCCAGUGAUGUAGUGAUUCAAAUUCACCCUAUGAAAUCGGGUUCUAUUUAUGGGAUUCCUGUUUAGUAGUAUAGCAGAAAGAAAAGAGGUGGGACAUAAUUAUUAAAGAUUUAUGGUUAAAUCUGUUUGUUAAGUUGUAAAUUUAUUGACCUGUUAUGAUUUCCCCCCUAAAUAUUCCCUCCUUAAAACUUGAUGGAACAAGAUUCUGUAGUUUUGGAUUUAGAUUUAGUGGUUCCCUGGUUUCAGCUUGGGAACUUUUCACAGUCAGCAAAGGUUGCAAGCGGUAUUGCUGAGGAAAAGCACAUCAAAAUUAGGCAAGAGAGUCAGUCCUUAACAGGCCUUCCAGCCCAUCCUCCAGUACCCUCCUUCUCCCCUCUUUCUCUAAUAUUCAAAUGUCUUGGAAUACUGAUAAACAUUUAGCACUAAGUUCAGGAAGAAUGGACAAGACACAAGUUCAUAUGAGUUGUUUAUUUCCUGGCAAUCCUUGGCUGAUUGGUGGAAAGUCGUGUACAACACAAUUGGAAAACUAUAAGCUCUGUGCCAAAAAUCUCAAUUUAAAUGAAAUAUGUAUGUACACAUAUAUAUUCAUAUACAUAUAUAAAAUAAAAUUGAUGUAGAGUCUUAUCAUAGAAAUAUAAUUCAUCUAAGAGAUGUGAUCUGAACAUCUAAGAAUGACAGUAUGGUUUAUUUAUUUAUUUAUGGCACCUGGAAAGGAAGGCUAAAUAACUAUAAAAUAAAUCUCUUGGGUAUCUAUAUUAAUAAAUACUGAAUCUGAAGGAGAAAACCGGGAAAUUUUUGCCGAAGUUCUUGCUAAGCAGGUUAGAACAAAUUCUACCUUCACUAAGUGAAAGUUGCAUAGAGAAUAUAAAGGAUGUAUAAGUUUCUGGAAAGGAACAUCUAAGUCAACUUAUCUUAAUUAUGAUCCAUCUUACUUUUUUUCUUACUUUUUUGGUGGCUACAGUAAUAAAAAUAAAUUUGAUUUUAGCCUCCUCUGUAUGCUUUCUCCUUUUGAUAACUACUAAGUUCUAGUUACUAAGGAAAGAAACACAUUGGAGGUAAAACCUGUCAAUACGACAUUAGAAAAUUCUGUACUUUAGAAAGAGGCCUAGUCUUUUGUCAAUGACUCAUUUCAUUCAUUAAAAUACCUGAUCCAACCAAAGGUUCCUCAUGCCUGUGGAAUCUCAGUAGUUCUUCCAUUUACUGUAACUGCCUAUUAGUGAAAAUUCAGGGAUCAGUGAUUUCUAUAGACUGAAUGGCUGACCUCGGGAAGAGUUGCAUCAGACAGCAAACAAUGAGAAAUGAAUAGCAAAAUCUGAUCAUUUUUGGUGUGUAUUUUGCUUAUUUGCACCCAAAAUUUCUGGAGUGAAAUUGCACUCAUCUUUUUCUAAGCUUUAUGGUGGAGGGUGUUCUGUUUUACUGGAAAUCAGGGUGUUCACUAAUACAAGGUAUAGAGAAGUGGAGUUAUUAUAUCUCAGCCCAUUUUCCCUUUCUUGCAUUGUCUACAAAUGGUGUUUAUGUUAACACUGGCCUCUUAGGGUCGAUUAUGAGAAGGUAGAAUUCUUGCCAAUUCAAAGUACACGCUGGAUUUUAUUAUUUAAAAGUGACUAGAAAGAUCAUUUUGUCCAGAUGGAGUCCCCAUUUCAUUAUCUGCUGUGGUCUGAACACUAUCAAGAUGUGGAUUCCACACCACCUAAGGAUCUCGAAACCUGCUGAUGUACAAGCUUGUUAGAAGAAGCAUCAUAGUGUCUGCCCCUAUGUAACAGCACUCAAAAUGAGUUAUAAAACCUAUACUAUGUAAAUGUGAUUUCAGUAAUAUGCUGUAUCAUUCAGGAGAAAAAGGACACAGGAAUCUAGAGAGAUGCAUUCAUUGGAAUACUUUCCAUAUCAGGUUGACUUAAUCUGUGGAUACAGAAUCUGCAGACAUGGAGGGCGGGCUGUACACAGCCCUGGUUGACUUGAAACAAGAAAGCUCAUGACUCAGAACAGACUGAUAUAGGUGUCACUGCAAGAAUGUAUGGGCAAAACACCCAUUUGGGUAGUUUUGGUAGUGUUGUGUUGGUAUGUAACUUUUAAAAAUAUCUUGAUUUCCUCUGAUUUCUUUAAAUCUUCUAAAUAAACUCUAUUUUACUACCUCCAA